UUUCUAGCUUGGGAAGGGAUUUAAGGACUUGCCGACCCACUGGCUCUUGAAAAUUGUCUAUUCUAAACGAUCGCUUACAUUUUCUCAGCGGCCUCACCACGUCUAUCCACUCCCACACGCCACUCGUUCCAGCAAUGGCACGCAGCGAGCCGAGAAAAAAGAAAUAUUGCCGCACGCGAUCAGGAUGUCUCCCCUGUCGCCGGCGGAGACGAAAGUGUGAUGGGCAUCGUCCUGUUUGUUGGGAAUGCGAGACGCGCCAUGUUGAAUGUGCCUGGGGACUCAAGGUUUCAUUUCACCCAUCAAGAGCAUUGCAUCUCUCAUCGGAGGAGAGUGCAGUUCUAUCUCGCUUAGAUAAGGAAAGACAUAGAGCUCAGCCCGAUGGACCCAAGACUGAUCAUCGAAGAGUGCAAACGCUCACUAUUAUCGAUGAUACACAAGACAUUGUUCGCUCAUUCUACAACCAUGAUGAUGAAUCUUCCGUAGCAGAUGCUUCCGAAGACGAAGCUCUUCAACAUCCUCUACAAGAACAUGACGAUUGCUCGCCUAAUGUCAUUGCUGAGGACAUACCAUCUUAUGUGGAUGGUGGAGCACUACACAACGAGGAUUGUACUCCUGAACAUGGAGACGAAGAAGCUAUUCCGCAUUCCGAUCAAAACAAUGUAUUCCACUCCUUCAGUCCUCUAACCCCAGUCCCCCAUAUCUCACCCCCCGCCAUUGCGGCACCACCCCAGAUCCCUGAACUCUUGAUCUCCGAUUUAUACGCCGCUCCCUUCUCCCUCGGACAGGCCAUAUCACGUGGCGCAUCUCCUGAGCCUGAGCCUCGAUUCCCUGUUUCACAGACCACUAAGAUCAACCUCAUGACUGCGUAUAUCAAAGAGACUGCCACAUGGUGUGAGACAACAGAUUCAGAAAUGCAUUUCUCCGCCAAAAGCGUUCAUGAAGUGAUGAACUCCAAGCCUUUUGUCGCGGCAGCCAUGUCUCUCGCUUCACGCCAAUUAGAUGCUGUGCAAGGUUGUCGUCGACCCAUUACGCUUGAACUUUAUCAGUACACUAUUCGACUCUUACUAGGUCAAGAUCCCACAAAAGCAGAUGCAUCUAUCCUCGCAACAUGUACGAUACUCUGUGCAUACGAGAUGAUGGCAUCAAACGUAUCUGAAUGGAGACGUCAUCUUAGGGGCUGUGCCGACUUACUAAGAAUGUGUAAAUGGAACGGCAAUAGUCAGGGCAUCAUAAAAUCUUGCUUCUGGGCGUUCGCAAGAAUAGAUGUCUGGGCCGCCUUCAUCCUCAAUCAGACCACUUUAAUCCCCACGGACUCAUGGGUAGAUUGCGACUCGCUCGUCUUGGUUGCUGAAAAAGGUGGCACUGACGAUUACUGCAAUCUAGCCAUCUUGAUUUUCGCCAGGAUCAUCAACGUCCUCAACGUGAAAGACAAUGACCAGCGUAGAAAUAUGACCCAGGCGUUAUGGGAAGAGCUUCAGCGCUGGAGACACUGGCGUCUCCCAAGUGUGAAGCCAUUCUUGAGGACAGAAAGAUUAGAAAAGAACCCAUUCCCUACCGUUAUGUUUGCUCUAUCAGCAUCAAUUUGUGGAAAUACCUUUUACCAUGCUGGUUCGAUUCUUUUGCUACAAAGCGGAUUGGUCACACCUGCCCGUUACCUGGACCCAUUUGAAGUACUCAGCCCUCAUUGGCAUGCUAGAGAGCUUGGAGGGAUCUCUGUUAGCAAUUCAUCUCAUGCGAAUUGGGUAAAUCAUCUUCAGCCCCUGUACAUCGCAGGUACGGUAUUUGAUGUUGCAAUCACGCCAGGGCAUGAAGAUGGAGUUAUCUCGAUAUUAAAGUCUGGAAGAACGCGGCGGAUGGAUCUUGCAUCAACAGGUAGCAGUUCCUCUGUCAUAGGCGAUUCUGAAGAUGCUCGUAGCCCAUGUAAGCAUAGCGAGUUUGCCGCUGAGAAGAUUGCCCUGCUCGGGCACCUGGCGAAAAUCGAGCGCGAAACGGGCUGGAAAACUUCGGAUCGAGCAAAAGAUUUGAGGAUACUCUGGGGCCUGGAAAAUUAAUUGAUGAUUCUAUAACUUAUAAACAGGAACUAGUAAAACCCGUUAAUUAGUACGGUUGCUUAUGUCUAUUGCCGUUAUUAGAAAAUAAUUAAUUUGAAUAUAAAUCCAUGGUAUCUAAGAUACUCUAGCUAGGGAG